GCAAACUAAGGAGGCAGGAUGUGAGUCACGAACCAACAAUUUCAACUUUAGAAACGUUUUUCCUGGCGACCAUGCUACGGUCUUCCAGAAAUAAAGAUGUCCCGUCUUUAGACAUUUAUUCUGAAGAUGAAGAUAAUACUGCAUUAACCGGAAGAAGAACCCCUUUGGGUGAAGUAAAUGAAGCUUCACCUGAGAGCAGCGUGAACGGCAGGGCAGCUCCUGGGCGGCUCCCCGUACGCCAGCGGUACUGGAAAGACACACACCUGUGGCCCGCUCGUAUAUUCUCUGUGCUAUGCAGCAUAGUCAUCGUCUCGUUUAUCGCUGUGCUGAUCUCAUUCUUGUACAUCAUAUUAAAAGAUUUAAGAGCUGAGAGGAUAACCAUUGAAGAUGGAUCAGAAGUAAGACUCCUGGGUUUUUGGAGUAUUUUGGUCCUGUCUUCUGUGGCUGGAGUUCUGUGUUGCAGUUUCUCCUGGACCCUAACCUACUUUGACUCCUUUGAGCCAGGAAUGUUUCCUCCAACUCCUCUUUCUUCAGCCAAACUCAAAAGAAUGACCGGACACUCUUUCCACAUGGGCUACAGUAUGGCAAUACUCAAUGGAAUAGUGGCUACUCUCACUUUUAUAUGGUAUCUCACCUGAUGCAUCUCAACUACUGCUCAACUGCGGAGACUUCAACUGUCAUUUAACUUGCAAUUAUCAGGAGGCAAUUCCAAGUUUAAUGGCUGGAGAAACUGUCAAAUAAUGUUACUAAUAUAAUAUAACUACAGCUAAAAACAAAUAAACUAAAUGCGUGUUUAAAAAUGUAUUACAUUUAAAUUUCUCAGUCGUUUAGACACUGAAUAAAACAAUAAGUAAAGUACAUAGACU